AUGGAAGACUUGUAUGAGAUCUUAGAGGUAAGCUCAAACGCUACAGAUGUUGAGAUCAAGAAAGCAUAUAGGAAGCUUGCUUUGAAGUAUCAUCCUGAUAAAGCAUCCGAAGAAGAUCGAGAAGAGUCUGAGGUUCAUUUCAAAAAAAUUUCAUUUGCAUAUGAAGUCUUGAUUGAUGAAGAGAAACGUCAAAACUAUGAUCUUUAUGGCACCACUGAUAGUAAUGGAGGCCCAGGUCAUUAUGACUUUACAGGGAAUCCUUUUGAACAGUUCUAUGGAGGAGGUGGAGAUUACAAUGGCCACGGAGGCAACGAUUUUUAUGAUUUCUUCAAUGGAAUGAAUGGAGACCAAUCUAACCAUCACAAUAGCAGGCGAACAGACGACGCUAUUCUUAAUGUGGAAGUAACGUUGGAGGAACUUUAUAUUGGAAAAGUAAUACGAUCAACAUCGACAAGAAAUAUUAUAUGUACACAAUGUAAAGGGAAGGGGGUUAAGUCAGCCAAUGCUGUGAGUAAGACGUGUGGAAUUUGUCAUGGAGAAGGAUACACUAGAAAAAUUAAAAGAGUUGCUCCUGGAUUUGUGGCACAGGAGUACGUUGAUUGUACGACAUGUAAUGCAACUGGAAAAAUAUAUCGUACAAAGGAUAGAUGCAAAUUGUGCAAAGGAACUAGAGUUUGUGAGGAGACAAAAAUAUUGGAGUUUGAGAUACCAAAAGGCUCUCCAGGUGAAGGAAAGGUUGUCAAGAAAGGUGAGAGUGAUGAGUAUCCCGGUAAAAUUGCGGGAGAUAUUAUUCUAAAGUACACUUGUAAAAAGCAUGAAGUUUUUGAGAGAAAGGGGGAUGACCUCUACAUGGAGCUAAAGAUUCCAUUGGCUGAUGCAUUAACUGGGUUCUCUAAGCUAGUGACGCCUCAUUUGGAUGGACGUGGAGUCAAAGUAGUUACACCAAGAGGGAAAGUAAUUAGACCUGGUGAUUAUAUCAAAAUUACAGGGGAAGGAAUGCCUAAAUAUGCUGAAAAAAAGUCAUGGUUUUCCAGAAGCGAAGGUAAGGGUGAUUUGUACAUAAAAGUGAAUAUUGAAUUUCCAAGUGAUAACUGGUAUCUUGAAAAGAAUGAUUUAUUGACGAUAAAGAAUAUAUUACCAACUAAUCUUAAGGAGAGAGCACCAGAGAUAUCAGUACCAGAGACAAAUGUUGAGUUUUUUACUGAUUUUUCAAUUGUACAGUCAUCAGAUUUACCAGAGUAUCACAAUGCCAGGCGGUCAAACGACGAAGGAAAUGGAACAUACGAGCAAGGACCACAAUGCACUCAACAGUAG